UAUAUUUAACAAUCGCGAAUUCGAACGUGCUUUCGUGUACUUUUUUGCGUAAAAAUUGUAAAAAAAUUAAUUCGGAAAAUUCAACAAGUGUUUCGAGUAUUAAUCGUUACGAAAACUGUUUUACAAUACCGAGUACUCGAUGUGAUUUUUUUUUUCAUUUUUACCGUUUGUUAUUGUUGUAUGUAUUACGUAAGUCAUGUCUAGACGGAAACAAGCCAAACCGAGGUUAUGGAAAAGGGAAGAAGAGGAAGAAGAAGAUGAAAAUUUAGAACAAAUUAGCAUUAAUACGACUUGCGAAAGCGGUUCGCUGAAUUGCAAGGAAGAAGCUAGCGAUUUAGAGGACGAAGAUCGCAUUCCAUUUGUGGCUGUUUCGACGACGCAACCUAAAACUGAAAAUGUGGGCUUAGAAUCGGGAGAAGAAAACGAUUUGAAAGAAGAUAACUGUACAGAAGACAAUUUUGAACACUAUUCCCGAGAGUAUUUGUCCAGAAAUUCCGAACUGAAAAAUGACGAUCAAUUCGAACAAUAUCUACAGGACGAUGAAAACAGUCUCGAUUCAGAUACACUGGGGACAGAAGGCGGCUCAUCUUGGGUCUCCGAGGACCACACGACGUCUCCUGGAAGUUCGUGCCCGACGCCGAAUUCCACCACGGAGGUCGCGGAUUCCGAAUUAUCAUUUACGGUAGGCGUUACCGAAGGUACUCCACACGCUUGCCGUUUCUGCGAUAAAGCAUUUCCUCGGAACAGUUACCUCAGACGACAUGAACAGACUCAUACCGAUUGUAUGCCUUUCCAAUGCCAAUAUUGUAAUACGCUGUUUAAACAUAAACGAAGUCGGGAUCGUCAUAUAAAAAUACAUACCGGAGAAAAGAAGUAUAAAUGUUCGAAAUGUGAUGCCGGAUAUACCAGAAGCGAUCAUUUGAAAAUUCAUUUGAAAACACAUGACAAUCGAAAGCCAUUCCAAUGUACUCUCUGCAAUCGAGGCUACGGUACUGCUGCGGCUCUCACGUCGCAUAUGCAGAAUCACAAACGAUCGAACGAAAUUUCAUCUCAACCAGCACCAGCCGGUAGCAUCAAAUGUCACAAAUGCUCGGAAACGUUCAGAGAACCGGAAGAGUUACAAAAUCACAUGAAUUUGCACCAGUCGCCGGAAAAUGUACACAAUUCCAAUAACAAAUCGUCCAAGAAUUCGUACCCAACCAUUCUAAUAUGUCCUUAUUGUCGCAAAGAUAAUUUCUCAACAAUGGAAGCUCUACAAUCUCACGUGCAAUCGGCUCACAAAUCAAUUUUCAACGGAGACUUGCAACGCGAGAUCUCAAAUUUGAAACUAAGAUCUCCGGCUCCGACGCCCAGCCAAUUAAAUUCGUCUUCGCCUUUAAACGUAACGCAGUCUUUCAAUUCAUUACCGUCCUACUAUUGCGAUCAAUGCACGAUGAAGUUUUCAUCGUUACAAGCCCUUCAAAAACAUACGUCUGCGGUGCAUGGUUUCUCCGCCAACACCUACAACAACCUCAAGUACUUGAUGUCACCUGAGAUGUACAAUAAUGGCAAAUUGUACUGCAUGUUUUGCGCUAUGCAGUUCUUGACGCCUGCCGCGUACGCCGAGCAUUAUAUCAUAUUUCACGGUCCGUAUCAUCCGCAAUUAAUGGCGUUAACUCCGCCGGAACAAAUGAAACCGACUGAUUUAUCAAAGAAAACGUCUCCCGUCAAACGUCCCAAUAUCGAUGAGCAUCGAGCUUCGCCUCGUAAGAAGAGUAAAGUCAAUGAAAACUCGAUUUUGAAUUCUAAUAAUCACCGAUACGGUUAUCCGGGCCCAUUACUAUGCAAUCAAUGUAGCGCCGCAUUCACCGAUUUCGAAUCGUUCCGGGCUCAUAUCAAAUUACACAUCGAAGAAACCAGCGGAGGCCUGCUAGGAGGAGCUUCUCCAAUGGAGCGUAAACGUGCAUCGGCCGAAUUCACGUGCCCUCAUUGCCGAUCAGUGUUCUCAUCUAAUGAAGAAAUAAGUCAGCACAUCGUGACGCAUUUUUUAGCCUCCAGUGUCGAAUACAGUUGCGAAAAUUGCCAAAAAUCGUACGAUAAAGGCGACGAUUUGCAAAAGCAUUUAAUGGAGGUACACGCGCAUCACUUGUACAGUUGCUCCAUUUGUAACGAGGUGUUCGACUCAAAAAUGGCGAUACAGGUUCAUUUCACCAUUAGACAUAGUAACGAAGCCAAAGUUUAUCGGUGUACUGGGUGCUCAUCGUCUAACGCUGCCUUUCAUUCGGAGAUGGAGUUUGCGAAUCAUGUGAAAACAAUGCAUACCAAUAAUUCGCCGUUGUUGGCUGCGUUUGCGACUCAUCAUCAUAAUACUCAAAUGCUGAGAUGCUUCAUUUGCCACAUGACUUUUCCGACCGAAUUAGAAAUGCAGUUACAUUUACCAACCCAUGGUAAACAGUUCCAAUGUACGUUGUGUCCACAAUCGUUCCACAUCGAGUAUUUAUUGGAUAAACAUAUGCAGAAUGAUCAUAGUACUCCGCAAAUCAAUGGAUCAUUAGAAAACUGCUUGGAUUCGAACAACAAAGAAUCAUCGCCCAUUCUAUCGCCGAAUAACCGUUUCGACAAUCAAAUGAAAAAGAAUGAGGGUUCUGAAUCGAAAAGCAACUUCAUCUGCUGUGAUAUUUGUGAAAAAUGUGACUUUUCCAAUGAUAACGAAUUACUCAAUCACAAAAAACUAUUCCACCAUAAACUGUUGUCUCCUGUAAAGCAUGAAAGUUCAGAAAAUUCAGAAGACAGAUUAAAAUUGUCUCAAAAGCAUAAAUCCAAUUCGUCGUCGUCUUCACCAACGAUUCGAUGCGACAAUAAAAAAAUGGAGUCUUUUAAUGGCGAUUCGAACGGCAGUAAUUUGACAUGCUGCGAAAUUUGCGAAAAACGCGAUUUUGCAAACGAAGCUGAGUUGAUGUCUCAUAAAAAAUUGAUCCAUAAUGUGAAAUUAUCUCCUCAUGGCAAGGUAAGCUUGAACUGCGCAUACUGUAAAGAAAACUGUAAAUCGAGAUCAGAUUUGGAAAACCAUAUGAAAACACAUUCUCAGAACUCCACUUCGUCUGGAAAACAUAAAUGUAUAAUCUGUGAUGAAAUGUGUCCAACAGCUGCCGUUUUAGCUGAACACAAACUUACCCAUUGCAAGGUGCUAUCGGGGAAAACAUGCAUGCAAUGUAAAGGUUCGAUUACAACAGAAGAGCAAUUCUUUUCGCACAUCCAGCAGCACAGCUCGCCCCAAAACGGAACGAAUAACAAUAACAACUCGUCCCAGAACUCAUUGGUUUUACCAACAUUUUGUGUAAUUUGUCGGCAAACUUUAUCAUCGGAGAUGGAAGCUCGAAUGCAUGCCAGAUUCCAUUUACACCAAUCUGCUGAUUUGGUACCAUGCUCUGUAUGCUUCCAUAUGUCCGAAAGGCAAGAUUUGAUCGCCGGAAUUUGCAAAGAAUGUUAUCAAAGGCAUGGAAAAUCGUCACCUUUUAGAUGUCCGGAGUGUCAUAUGAAAUUUGAUAACGGUCCAGCGAUUGAAAUCCAUUUGGCAACAGUGCACAGGAAAAGUUACCAGUGCAUCAAAUGCCAAGUGAGCUUCGAUAACGAGAAAGAAAUCCAACACCACGUCGCUUCUCAUGUAAUGAUCGACGGUCUGAAUGGUCACGAAUGUCGACUUUGUCGGUUAGUAUUGCCUUCACCGGUGCAAUUACAAGCUCAUCUAAUCGAGCAUACAUUCGCUGGCUGCGCUACAUUCACUUGCUAUUUGUGCAGUUCUGUGUUUACUACUGCUCAAGGCUUACAAACGCAUAUUCUAGAGCAUGGUUUAGCUGCUAGACCCUACGAUUGCUCCAGAUGUAAACAGAAAUUCUUCUUUACUUCCGAAUUAGAACACCAUAGCUAUGUGCAUUUGGAGGAAAUGGCUCUAAGUGAAGGUCACGGAUAUUUUUACGGUCAAGAGAAGAACUUACUGAAGGAUAAAUCUGCAAAUAUUCCAUACAUUAAUCAUUCCAUCUCAUUGGCCGAGAAUUUAUACAAUAAUAACAAAGAACCAGGCAACAAAUACCACUGUACCGAAUGCGGUAUUGAUUUUCCUCACGCCAAUGAUCUGUACGAUCACAAAAAUCGCGCUCACAAUAACCAGAACGAUAGAUACGUUCAAAAUGGCGAACACAAGCGUAAACGAGAAACUCCGAAUCCUACAGAAGCCAAUAGAGUAAAGUAUGAAGAGCAAAAUGAUAACGUAGAUGUAGACGAAAAGAUGGAUGCUAAACAGAAUGACUGCGAAUCAGAAGACGAACAAAUCGAUGUUGUUACUACAAAGACUGAAGAACAAGCUGAAAAUAUUGAAAAAAAUGACAAACAAUAAGCGAAUUUAUUAUUUAACUUAUUUUAAAAAUUCAAAGCAAUCUUUUCAGUGGCGUAGCUCACAAAAAUUUUACUAUUAAAUGGGGAAUGAAAAUUGAAGGAAAAGGAAGGGAGUAAUAAUGUACCUACCUAAUUUGAAUUUUAUGCAUUUUUUUUUUUUUUUAUUUUGAAAUGUUCAAUGUUCAAGUUUUAAACCAUAAGGUCAUUUUAGGUACACGUGCCUACCUAAAAAAAAAAAAAAAAAAAUGUGAAAAAGCAAAAGGGACAAACGUCCAGUGGUCCAGUUCGCCUCCCUUGACUACGCCACUGAUACUUCUCUAUCUAGUCAAUUUUGUAAACGUUUGCAAUCCACUAUACUGAAUUUGUUGUUAUGUAUUUGCCUUCAUACGUAAUAAUUAUCUAUGUUGAAAAUAUUAUAAACAUUUUUAAAUUUGUGAUAUUUAUGAUAGGUGCAAUAUGCAUAGGUAAAAUAUUGAUAAUUUUGUUAUUUUUUUUCUUUUUUUGUUCAACAUACUGAAUGUUAGUGCUUUCUUAUAUUAUUAUCUUACGAUGUAUAGUAAUGUUGUUAUAAUUGCCUGUAAUGGAUUUUUUUAAAUGCCUGAACCAUAAAGCAUUACCAAAAAAAAAAAGUUUUAAAGCUUGCUAUUUGUAUAGUUUUAUUAUUUAUGUAUUCAGUUUGUAAAUAAUUUUGAGAGCAGUUGUGGUGUAACCAUUAACAAUUAUUUAUGCUAGUUUAUUGAUUUUUUUAAAAAAAGUUUGCAAUAUUUAUUGUUCGUAUUAUUUUGUUAUUGUUGUAAUUCUUCAUUUUGUACAUAAUUAUUCUGUUAUUAUUAUUAAGAUAGGCUUGCCUAAUAAAUACACAAGUUAAUUUUA